CAAAAUUCGAAAAAAAUCUGUUAAUUUAAUACCUCGUUGCUUGAAUUACAGCGGAGAAAAGCCAGGAGGAGUCUCGCUGGCAAGGGCAGGAAAUGGUUAAGAGCCUUCCAUAUCACCUGGGAAAGCAAUUCUUUGAUUUUUCAGAGGGCGCUAACUUGCUGCAGUUCAUAGAAAACAAAGGGAAGGGGAUCAAAUAUAGAAGUUGCUGUUGGAUUGUAUUUUCAGUGGCAGAACUCGUGAGGGCUGGAUGUUGAUGUCUGCUGAAAAAUAUGGAAUUUUGGAUUAAAAAGAAUUUUUUCCCUUAUCUUCAUUCAGAAAAUCAGUUGUGAGCCACACUGCAGUCCCAAGGGUUUUGUAUUUCCAGCUCCUGGAAGGACUUUUCUGGAUGAUGACACACUUGCUGACCCUGUGCAUGUGCUGAUCCUUAAGGACAGUUCAUACUGUCAGUGGUAUCGAUGUGUGGGUUAUUUUCCAUUUUGUCUAUGGUGUAACACGACUGCCCACCUAGUGUGGGGAUAUAGAUAAGCAUCAGUCCUUGCAAGAGUCACCUUGCCAGUUCUCGCUGUUGCCUGCUGUUCCCAGUUUCCCUCGCAACCCCACCUUUUGCCCAGGCACUGGCUUCUCCUUGUCAAGAAGAUAGAAAGCUAAAUCCCACCAGAGCUGGUUAUUUUCUAGCCCUUGGAUCUCCCUUGGCUUCUCUCCACUUAGCCCAUUACCUUUCCUGAAGUGCGUUGCCCUGAACUGAACAAGACUCUGGCAGGAGCUGUACCAGAGCCAACUGGAGGGAGAGGACUCCUCAACUGGUCUCAGUGGUGUCAGAAAGAUGAGUUUCCUCCAGAGCUUUUCCUCCUCACUCUGAGUUGUCUCAAGUACUUGGUCUCAACUCUGCCACCAAAGCCCAUAUGAUUUGGUAACAAACUCCUCUCUUCUCUGCUUCAGCUUCCCUGCAAUUUGAAAAGCUUCCAUUUACGUUUUACCUCCUAUUUAGCUACUUGAACUUUUUGGAUGAGUAAGUAAGUGGAAAAUAAUCAGCAUGUUUGCCAGCCAAUCUAGAGCUCCUCAGGAGCAAAGAAGGAGACAAGAUAUUUUAUAAAAACCUGGAAGUCGCAGACAAAUGGAACAUUUCAGUUUAAGCUAAAACUUUGUUUUGGAAUUCUUAAGGAGAGACUGGAAUUCUGCCACACUGGAAUAGUCUUCUAGUGUAGGAAACCAAGAAUGCCUUAGUCUCCUUCGUGACCUGUGUGGCUAUCCUCGUAAACUGAAAAAUAUGUCCAUCAGAGGCCUGAAGAAGAAACAACCAAAGACUUUUAAAGUCAAAAUUAUAACCGUGGAUGCUGAGAUGGAGUUCAGCUGUGAGAUGAAGUGGAAAGGAAAGGACUUGUUUGACCUGGUGUGCCGAGCACUUGGUUUAAGGGAGACCUGGUUCUUUGGCUUGCAGUACACGAUAAAAGGAAUGUGCACCUGGUUAAAGAUGGACAAAAAGGUUUUAGAUCAAGAAAUUCCCAAAGAAGAUCCCAUUAGCUUUAAUUUUUUGGCUAAAUUCUACCCUGAGAAGGUAGAAGAGGAACUAUUACAGGAAAUUACCCAGCAUUUAUUCUUCCUACAGGUUAAGAAACAAAUAUUGGAUGAAGAAAUCUAUUGUUCUCCAGAAGCAACAGUUUUACUGGCUUCUUACGCUGUUCAGGCCAAGUAUGGUGACUACGACCCAAAUUUUCAUGAGCCAGGCUUUCUAGCCCAUGAUGAACUUUUACCCAAAAGGGUCCUCAGGCAGUAUCAGCUGACAGCAGAGAUGUGGGAAGAAAAGAUUACGGCUUGGUAUGCUGAGCACAGGGGUAUUGCCAGGGAUGAAGCUGAGAUGAACUACCUGAAAAUUGCCCAAGACUUGGAAAUGUACGGUGUCAAUUAUUUUCCAAUUGCUCAAAAUAAAAACCAUACAGAUCUCCUACUGGGAGUCGAUGCCAAAGGUAUUCACAUCUACAGCAUUAACAACAGGUUCUCUCCAAACAAGUCGUUUGAGUGGAGUGCUAUCAGAAACAUUUCCUAUAGUGAGAAAGAGUUAACUAUUAAACCUCUCGAUAAAAAAGCUGAAGUCUUCAAGUUCUUUUCCUCUCAACUCAAAGUGAACAAGUUGAUUUUGCAGUUGUGCAUCGGAAACCAUGACCUGUUUAUGAGGAGAAGAAAAGUGGACUCAAUAGAGAUCCAGCAAAUGAAAGCACAAGCCAGGGAAGAAAAAGCUAGGAAAAAGAUGGAGAAUCAAAGGCUGGCCAGGGAGAAGCAGCUCCGAGAAGAAGCUGAGCGAGCCAAAGAAGAGCUGGAAAGGCGUCUUUUCCAGCUGGAAGAUGAAGCCAGGCAGGCCAAUGAGGCCCUGCUUCGAUCCCAGGAAGCAGCGGAGUUGCUGGCUGAGAAAGCCCAGAUCGCUGAAGAAGAAGCAAAAUUGCUGGCCCAGAAUGCUGCGGAAGCUGAGCAAGAGCGACAGAGGCUGGAAAUCACAGCUCUGAAAACCAAGGAGGAGAAACGCCUGAUGGAGCAAAAGAUGCGGGAGGCAGAGCUGAUAGCAGUGAAGCUGGUGAAAGAGUCUGACCGGAGAGCCAAGGAAGCAGAGCAUCUGAAACAAGAUCUGCAUGAAGCCAGAGAGGCUGAACGGAAAGCAAAGCAGAAACUCUUAGACAUAACCAGGCUUAAUUAUCCUCACAUGGUCAAGUACCCGCAAUAUUCACCAACUGACACCAGAGAGGCCAACUUUGACAAAGGAUCCAUAAAGCUGGAUUUGAAGGACAUUGACCUCAAGAGACUGUCCUUUGAGAUAGAGAAAGAGAGGUUAGACUACUUAGAAAAGAGCAGAAAAUUCGAGGACAGGCUCAAAGAGCUGAAAUCUGAAAUCCAUGCUUUGAAACUAGAAGAAAAACAGUCUGGGCUUUACUGUCAUUGGAAUGAAGUACUGGGAUCCUUGGAUCGCUCCUUAGCAAAUACUCCAUCGUGGAUGAAAGCCUUUGAAACAGGAGAUUCAUUGGAUAUAAAUCUUCAAAGACCUUUCCCUGCUUACUCAUUGAAUACUACAAGCAGCUGGCCUUGUACCAACAAAACUCAACACGCAGGACCAGCGGAGAAGUCAUCGCUGCAAGGAAAUUCCUUGACUGCCAACAGCGUGGGCACCGGAAGCAGAAAACAGAUCAUAAAGGUCCAGCAGCACGACUCGGAUGUGAUCUACAUUUGAAGUCUUUUGUUUCCUUACCAGACUGGCAGAACCUGAUGAUUAUCUUUCUGGCUGCUGCAAAGUGCACCUAUCCAAGGAUGCUGCACAGCUCUGCUGAUGGGCAUCAACAUAAGAGACAUGGUACCAUAAUUCAACUGGUGCCAUUCAGCUUCCAAGCAGAUAACGUAAGCUGGGAGCACUGAAACUGCCGGUGUGAAAUGGCUGGUACGAUGGCAAACGUAGAAACACAGAAGAGUGUCGUUUACUAUUUAUGCACUUUUGAAGAAACACUUUAUACUUUGCUAAAACCUCCUCCCCCAGAUAUUUUUACACUGACUUACCAGUAUGGUACUGUAAUUUUGUAGAAAAGAUGCUAGGCAGCAAGUGUUCAGGAGAUGUUUGGGAUGAGAAAAUAAAUAUAUGUGAGCUUGGCCUUCACCUACACAAUAGAUUUAGAGUUUUGGCCCUUUCCAUGGGACACGACUCCCAGAGAGCUGCUGAACUCCCCCUCAUCCUGUCACUACAUACCCUUGCAAAAAGCCCCUCCCCAGAUUUCUUGUAGCCCCACUUCAGGUACUGGAAGCUGCUUUAAGGUCUCCCUGGAGCCUUCUCUUCUCCAGGCUGAACAACCCCGACUCUCUCAGUUUGCCAUAGCAGAGGGGCUCCAUCCUUCAGAUCAUCUUCGUGGCCUUCUCUGGACCUGACCUGUUCCAACAGUUCCAUCUCCUUCUUAAAUUGGGGACUCCAGAACUGGACACAGGGCUCCAGGUGGGGUCUCAUGAGAGUGGAAUAGAGGGGAAGAAUCCCCUCUGUCAUCCUGCCGGCCACGCUUCUUUUGAUGCAGCCCAGGAUAUGGUUGGCUCUCUGGGCUGUGCACGCACAUUGCCAGGUUGGUUGGGACUUUGAGCAACCUGAUCCAGUGGGAGGUGCCCCUGCCCAUGGCAGGGUUGGAGCUUGAAUGAUCUUUAAGGUCCUUUCCAACCGAAAUCAUUGUGAUUCUAUGAACGUUUUAGUGUCUGCCUGCCAAAUAUUGUCUUUUUCUUCCCCAAAUGUUUCUUGGUUUGCUUAGUUGAUUUGCAUUUCUCUGUGAGAAAACUCAGCUUUGAAUUCCAGAUGUAGAAGUGGACAUCUUCAAAUACUUCUCAUUCCUUGGAGAAACCUUGAUAGGAAUGCAAAGCUUCUCUUCCUUUUAUGUUUCUUUCUAGAUCAAGCAUUCUGUUGCUUUUGGCACUCCAGCAAACUUUGCCUACGUUAACUUGUUUCCCAGUUGUGUGCAGCACAGCUUCCAAAAUAGACAAAGACACAAGAUGCUGUUGGUGUCUGCUAAAGACGGACUUCUUUCUUUUGCAGAGGUGCAUGCAGAAAAAUGUUUGCCUCAUUAGUAAAACAUACUCACAUGGUUUUGUGUGGGUUUAUGUGUCUGUUUCACCAUCAGUUCCGAGUCUUGGAAUCUGUGGGGAAGCAAAGUGCAGCUGUAGCUGAAGUAGUGGCACAGUUGAGCAUAUGACCUAUGAUGUAAAAACAUUAUUAAAUAUCGUUUUCUAAAAACUAAGAUUAAAAGAAUA